UUAUUACACGGGUCGCCUAUGUCUCGUAUUCCACCACAUCAUAGUUUCGGUCUAGGACCGACUUCAUCUGUUCCAAAAAUCGACCAUCAAACACCACCUAUGAAAGUAAAUUCUAAAAUUAAAAUAUUUCAAAAAAUGGCAGUUCAUACCUGCCAGUCAUGCUUUCAACAAAUUCACCGAAAUGCACCGAUAUGUCCAAUGUGUAAAAGCAAAAGUCGGUCGAAGAAUCCGAAAAAACCGAAGAGAAAAUUGCAAGAUUGA